CCUCCAGCUGAUGGCUUUUUAGUUACCCUUUGAACUGUGUCUGCUAGAAGUUUUAGAAUGAUUGAGUAAAUUUAGUAAAUUUUAGUAAAAGGACUGUUUCAGGAUUGCCCUUUAGAGGGAUCUGUUGCAUCAGAUAUGAAAUGCUGGUUAGGACAAGUGGACAAAUGGGGCCUUUUCUUCUUUCCCCCAGAUUUUCCUUUUCCUUUUGCCUGGCUGACGGGCUACCUCGCCAUUCUUGUUGGAGCUGGGAUUACAUUUCUUGUGCAGAGCAGCUCUGUGUUCACGUCUGCCAUCACUCCUCUGGUUGGACUGAACCUGUGUCUUUCCCCCAUCCCUUUGGGCAUCGGAGUGAUCAGCCUGGAGAUAGCAUACCCCCUGACCCUGGGCUCCAACAUCGGCACCACCACCACAGCCAUCCUAGCUGUGAUGGCCAGCCCUGGAAGCACUUUGGAUGAUUCUCUCCAGAUUGCCCUGUGCCAUUUCUUCUUCAACUUGUCUGGAGUUCUUCUGUGGUACCCAGUCCCGUUCAUGCGCCUGCCGAUACGUCUUGCCAGGGGUCUGGGACAUAUCACGGCCACCUACCGUUGGUUCGCCGUCUUCUACCUGAUCAUCUGCUUUUUCCUAGCCCCAGUGACAGUGCUUAGGCUUUCCCUGGCAGGUUGGACUGUGCUGGUGGGCGUAGGGGCACCCAUCCUAUUUCUGUUGGUGGUGAUCUUGGUGAUUUGUGUCCUCCAAGCCCGCUGCCCCCAUGUUCUCCCUGACACACUGAAAACCUGGGACUUCUUGCCCUUGUGGAUGCACUCUCUUAAGCCCUGGGAUGGGCUGGUGUCCCUCCUGACAUGCAGCUGCUGCCGAUCCAACUGGUCCCAGAUGUUCAGCUGCUGCUGCUAUUGCAUCGUUGGCUGA